GCUGAGCCGCCGGCAAUGAGGUGGUGUUUGUCCGUCUUUCUGAAUUGCAGGUUUGCCACAGGACACGACAUCACGGAACACUCGGUGCUGAUUCACGAAUAUUACAGCCGCGAGGCGCAGAAUCCUGUCCACGUCACCGUGGAUACGAUGCUGCAGGACGGCCGGAUGAGCAUCAAGGCCUACGUCAGCACUCCGCUUGGCGUUCCCGGGAAGACCAUGGGCGUCAUGUUCACUCCAUUGACCGUGAGAUACGUUUAUUACGACACAGAGAGAAUUGGAGUCGAUGUGAUUCAGAGGACCCGGACCAGCCCAAAUCGGACCAUUACCUUGUCCAGUGAUCUGCAGCAAGUUGGCACAUCGGCAGCUCGGAUCCAGGACAUGCUGACCACUGUCCUCCAGUACGCUGAGGAGGUCCUGGUGAGUGUGCCCCUCUCCUCC